AUGACUAUCAGUUUCAUUUCAAGUAGCCAGUGUUUUCAAAGCAGAAGUCGCAAGUUUUUCCUGCAGACUUUCAAGAGACGUUUCAAAUUGCUUUUAAGCGCUCCAGGGAAACCUGGGGUGUCUCUUGAAAUCCUGUCGGCUCUUGAGCUUUGCCAUCGCACCUUAAACGGCGACAAAGCUGGGAAGUCGCAGCCGCGAAAGGUUAGUGGAUCCGAGCUUCCAACUCGGACGGAGAAGGAGUCAGGGGCGCAAGCACGCGACGGGGAGGCUCGAGGCGACGCACGCAGAAGCUUUAUCGCCUGUUGGGUGGUCGAGCACCGGGCUGUUCUCAUUCGCUCACAGCCCAGCGUCAAGGCCGAGAAGCUCGGCAUUGUCUGCAAGGGGCACGUCUUAAAAGGCUACGAAAUGGAAGGCUGGGUGAAGCUAACCCGGGAGUCCAGCAUUCAGGCAGGCGUGGCGGAGGGCAAGGUCGCCUGGGUGCUCAUAGAUGGACAGGAGGUUGGCCUGGGCCUGUUGCUUCGGCCUCUGAAGCCGGGCGAGAAGCCAAGGAGCGACAAAGAUUCCAGAGAGGAGUCAGAUGACGAAAAGUAUGGAGUUGCCUGGAGAUCCGAGGACAUCUACACAGGGGCGCUGGAGUUCGAAGUCCUUUUCAAGUCGGUAUCUGUCCGGAGGAGACCAAGAGUCACUUCCAAGUCCUUGGGGAUCGUCACGGAGGGCAAUCGCGUUUGGGGCUACGCCAAAGACAACUGGCUUCAAACUAACCGGAAGUACAGGCAGAAGGAGCAAGGCUGGAUUCGCAUUGAUGGAACUGAUCUGGGCCAUGGGCAGCUUCUGCAGUGCACCAUGAUGAAGCCCGCCACCUUGAAGUGCUUUGCAGAGGCACUGCUGAUAAAUUGGCAGCCACUCCCGGUGAAGUCGGUGGUGUACACCCUGGAAUGGAUGGCACAGGAUAAAAAGAAAAUCAACGUGGCCGUGGAUAAGACGCGCCUUUGCGCUGGCAAGAUCGGUGCUUUGGCGGCAGAUUCAACUUUCUACGUGAGGGUGACCGCGCACAUCUUGAUCCCUGGCGUAGAUGCGAACAAUCCGAGGAGUGUUUGCGCAAAGGUGAGCAGCGACUGGGUGGAGGCGCAGACAGGAUCGGCCGUUGACGAAACGGAGGAAGCUGCAAUGACAUUUGAUCCGCUGGCAAAGAUUCGUGGAAAAUGCGGCGACUGCCAGCACUGUGCCAACUUCAUUCUGUCCAAGUACUCCUAUCUCAUGCGCUUGGACGAGGUACUUUGUCGUCGCUGCGGAUGCGCCUGUACGAGCCAUGAGAUCGUCGGAGAGUACGGGAAGUCGCGGGCGCAGUGGGCCAAAGACAACGAACGCAGGCAGCGAGAAGGCCAGCGCCGCCAGCAACAGUUCUCAAAGCCAAAGCCGAUUAUGCCAGCGGAGCUGCCCUGCGUUCCUUGGCAGCCUGAUGAUGCGCCAGUUGGCAAGAGCAAGGCACGGUAUGUCAUCGAGCAGGUGAAAAAAGCGCGAAACUUGUACGAGACCUUGGGCGUACGCCCAUCGGCGGCGGCGAAGGAUAUUCGCAAUGCUUACCGUCAAAUCGCACUGCGUAUCCAUCCAGACAAGGUCACAUCGGGUGGCAAAGAAGAAGAAGACCUGGUUGCACAGGCGGAGGCUGCCUUCAAGCUGGUGUCCUCAGCCUAUGAAGUUCUUGGUGACGAAGGCAAGAGAUCUUCGUACAACCACACGGCCAAGGCCAGUGGAAAGGCUGCAGCGGCGUCUCCAAAGCCAUCAGGGCCAAGGACCACAGCUCCUGCAUCCCAGAGAGAGCAUUGGCCAGGAGGCGGCGCGGGAACGUCUAAAGCAGAGGUGGUUCUCACUGUGUCGCAUGCAGUCCAUGGUGAAGAGAUUCGCAUGUCGAUGAAUCGUGGGACGAGUGUCAUGGGCCUGAAGCGGGCCCUCUGCAAGAAAGUCAAGCGGGGACCGCCGGAGUGCAUCGACAUCUGCGACAGUAGCGGAUGCAUCCUCGGAGAUGAUCAUCGCUUUGCCGAUAAUCAGGAGCUCCACUGCAUUGGCAUCUCCCUUGGCCCACCCAAGACGAUCACGGUGGAGGUGAAGGACCAUCGGUCAGGAGCCAGGAUGCAGGUGGAGGUGCUGGACACUUCGAGCAUGGAGACAGUCAGAAAGAAGGUCGCCAGAGAGCUGAAGGUCAAGGAGAAGGAGCUGCAGAUUGGGCAGCAAAAGAGUGCGGGCAAGUACUCUGCUCGUCGCUUCGAAGCUUUACCAAGCGAGGAGCUGCUCAAUGGCAGGAGAAUGCUCUACAUCCACGGAAACGGAGUUCUGAUUUACCUCAGCUUGGAGCAGGGCUUGCAGCUGCAGCGGGAGCUGAUCGUUGCAUAUGGCGAGGCGAUCUUUCAGAAGAAGCUGGAGGCACUUUUGUCCGAGUACCCAAUGCCGGAGUCGAUCACCCAGAUGAAAUUCCGGGAGGCCUUCGGAAAGCUGGUCCGCGACGCGCAGAAGGCCACCCUGGCAAGGUGGGGCUUCGAGGGUGAUUUUGCGGCGCAGAACAUGAUGACGGCAUUUGGCAAGGUGGCGCAUACCCCAGAAGUGUAUGAGCUCAGCUUGGAGAUCGACAAGCUCCUGCGGAUCACAUCAGGAGGGAUGAUCGCAGCCCCCGUGAAGCCCAAGAAGGAUGCUCAGGCAAAGGCCACGGCUUCGGCAUCUGACUCGAAGGAGAAGUCGGAGAAGCCGAAGAAUUCGAAGGUGCCAAGCAGGAGUGGUCCCAAACCGCCAGUCGUCAUAACGGUACGGCAGGCGGUCGAAGAGGACAACGAGCCUCCGGCGCCACCUUUGAAGGUCGCCGUCCCUGCAGAUGCCACGAUGCGCCGCCUCAAGCAGGCUAUUGCUGAGAAGCUGGGCCUGAAACGCACGGCCUCUCUAAAGCUGGUAUUUCAUCUGGACUCUCGGUUACGAAAAACGAACAUGCCUGAGAGUGGCAUGACCUUUGCGUCCUUCAAAGAUGACGAACUUAUCGGCUCGCGCCGAGAAGUCCUUCUGUUGGGAGCGGACCUCCGUGAUGUGGCAGAGGUUCGGGUGGAGCUGAGCGGUGUACCGCAGCUCCCUGACGGAACGGUGGUCGUCUACGUUUCGCAGUCCGCCACCUUGCGGGAGGUCAAAGAAGCAGCGGCACGCAAGCUGUUGGGCAAGGAGGCUGAAGAGCCGACCGCCGCCCGAAUCGCGGAGGUGACGUCAGCUGGGAUGAUGGCAGGAACCAUCGGAGACUCCAUAGCCUUGGACCUGCUGCAGAACGAUCUGCUUCUGAAGGGCCGGCAGAGGAUCCACUGGCUCAGCGCUGCGUUGGCCCAGGAGCUGGUCCCGAAGGCCUCCGAAAUCACAAUCUUGGAGCAGGCUGAGCAGCAGGGAUGCGAGGAGCAUGAAGUUCUCGCAGAGAAUGCGGAGUUCACCGAGGAUGUGGAGGAUGCAGAGCCAGAAGAAGCAGAAGAUGCAGUGGAAGAGCCAUUGCUUUCAGAACCAGCUGAAGAUGAUCCCCAAGAUGACCAGCAGGCCGCGCUCCCACAGAUGGAGGAGGGAAUAGCUGGUGCAGACUUCAGAGAUGAGGCGCUUCCUGCAGCUCCAAGCGACAGCGAGAACCUUGGAAGCCUGGGAGACGGCAGCGGUGACCAUCUCACCGUCGCGGAUGAGAGCCUCGAUAACGAGCUUUCGGAGGCGAAGGCUCUGGAACACGUGGAACCUGUCCCUUUUGUGCAAAGCAUAGACGAGAUGGAGGAGGAGGAGGAAGAGCUGGAGCAGGAAGAGGUUCUGGAGAUCACCAGCCGGGAUGUUCCGCAAGAUGGGGCAGCCACAGCGGAGCCACGUCGCAUCCUUGCCAUCGUGCCCGAUCGCUGCAGCGAUUGGCAGGUGGGAAUGCUCAGCAAGUUGCUUGACAUGGUCGGUGGCCGGGUCGAGCGUGAAUCAUCGUCGCGAGAUCUAACAGGCGGAGAUGAUGCGUUGACGACUCCUCGAGUUCUGAAGCUGCUUGCACAUGAGGAGACGGAUCCACAGCCUGAGUCGAAGGAGGGCAUCGAAACCCGCUCCGUUCGGAUUCAAUCCCUGCUCUCCGAAGGCCCGGGUGGAAGCAUGACUCUCGAAAUUCCGCUGGAAGCCAGUGUCGGAGAAGCUCGACAGCUGGUGACCACUCGCUGUGGCGGCGGAGCAGUGGGAGCUCACAUCCGCAUGGUCCGGCGCUUCACCAAGACCUUGUUCCUACCACUGAAAGAUGAAGAGCUGGUCAGUGAUAUACUUGGAGAGGAUGAGGAGCUACUCUUGUUGGGGGUAGACCUCGCUGGUGUGGAGACUGAGGAGUCGAGGUCGAAAGAAGUGGCGGAAGGGGAAGGCCCGCAAGGGACCGAGCAGCGCAAAGAAGACAAAGAUGAAGCAGCGAGGUUUUUGAUCGCGGCGAUGGAGCUGAUGGAGGAUGCAGACGUACAGGAACACUUGAUGGGCCUGCCCAUGAGCUGUUCAACUGUGUUGGCUGAAUGGGAACCGCCCUGGCUUCAAGAUGGUGUUGAUGACUUGGACGCGGCAGCCCUCAGCAACUUUCCUCCAGAUACUGUCCUGGCUUGGGCGCAAAGCUUCUCGGACCUCAUCGAUACCAUGGCACGUAGGCUGCACUCAGACGAAGGCGAUGAAGUUGAAGAGGUUGAAGAUGUUGAAGACCUUGAUGAGGAGGUUCAAGAAGUUGAAGAGGUUGAAGAAGUGAAAGACAUUGAAGUUGAAGAAGUAGAGGAGGUUGCAGAAGUUGCAGAGGUUCAGGAAGUGGAAGUGCUUGAGGAAGCAAGAGAUAUGGAAAAAGCCGCGGUGCCGGAGGAUAUCCCGAAGGAGGAAUCAACAGAGCCUUCGCACACUGAAGCUCCGGAGCCGGAUGGUAACUUCAAGGAUACCAUCCAAAAGGUUUCGGAGGACAUCGCAGAGGCGAUGCCUGUUGAGCCGGAAAUGGAACCCGAGCAAGAGCCCGACGAGGACGAAGAAAUCGUCCUGGUUGUUGUCGAGUUGGAGCAUGCCACCACAGCGGAGCGGGUGGCCGUUGCCGUUCCGUCAUCCUGCAAGCUAGGAGAGGUCAAGCUGGCACUGGCCUCCACCUUGGGACUGCAACGAGCCGACAGCCUGCAGAUUACAUCGCCGGAGGGCGCCGUGACGUACCCUGAUCACGAGACUUUGGGAAGCAGGCGACGGCUCACUUUCCGAGGUCCAGAGGGAGAAGAAGAUGAUGAUGACGAAGUGAUCGACGUCAUCGACUAA